AUGGUGCGCUGGGAGGCGGCCGCGCUGCUCGCCGCGCUCGUCGGCGUCUGCGUCUGGAGCGACGAGACCGGGAAAGUUGUCUCGGACCGGUACGCGGUCUACUGGAACCGGAGCAACCCCAGGUUUUACCGCGGGGACUACACGGUGGAGGUGAGCAUCAACGACUACCUGGACAUCUACUGCCCGCACUACGAGGAGCCGCUGCCCGAGCGGAUGGAGCGCUACAUCCUCUACAUGGUCAACUACGAGGGGCACGCGUCCUGCGACCACCGGCAAAGGGGCUUCAAGCGCUGGGAGUGCAACCGGCCCGACUCCCCCAACGGGCCCCUCAAGUUCUCGGAGAAGUUCCAGCUCUUCACCCCCUUCUCGCUGGGCUUCGAGUUCAGACCCGGCCACGAGUACUACUACAUCUCCGCGUCCCCCCCGAACAUGGUGGACAGACCCUGCCUGAAGCUGAAGGUUUACGUUCGGCCAACAAACGAUUCCCUCUACGAGUCCCCGGAGCCCAUUUUCACCAGCAACAACUCCUGCUGCAGCCUCAGGGUCCCGCACGCCGUGCUCGUGGUGGUGCCGGUCGUCUGGACGUUCCUGGCCUCGUAG